AUGGCUGAUAACAAGGAACCACCACCACUAUUUGAUCAAGUUGACAUUAACAGAGACAAUGAGCUGGAGGAUGAUGAUGAAGAUAUUUUUGCUUCUGCUAUCCAGGAUCAAAAUCCACUGACCAAUUCUUCUUUCAAUGGAGUAUCAGUGACAGCUGAGCUUCCUAAAUUGUCUUUACGAGAUGCACCUGAUGACAAUUCGUAUUCCACGGUGUCAAGUCCAGCUCCAGGACCUCUGAGUUCGCCACUGGGUAUGUCUGAAGACAUGGGAGAUCUUCAUGAAGUGCCAAUUAAUGAUGAAGCGACUGGACAAUCGCUUAAACAGUCUCAAUCUCUUGAAGAAGUGCCGACAGAGUCGACGGAAACUCUAUUAAAAAUAACAGUAACAUCUCCACAAAAAAUCGGCGAAGGAAUGAGUGCCUACGUGGUGUACAGGGUCGAAACAAAAACCAACAUGCCUAUUUUCCGAAAGAGAAGUUUCAGCGUUAUCAGAAGAUUCAGCGAUUUCCUCGGGCUGCAUGAUAAGCUCGUCGAAAAAUAUCUGAGAAGCGGCAGAAUCAUUCCGCCAGCGCCGGAGAAGAGCGUUAUCGGUAUGACGAAAAUAAAAAUGUCCGGUGAUAAAAGCCAGGAACAAAAUUCAAGCUCUACGGAAUUUAUCGAGAGACGCCGAGCUGCUUUGGAGCGAUAUUUAAAUAGAACAGCGAUGCAUCCGGUUCUCAGCGUCGAUCCUGACUUCAGGGAAUUUUUAGAAGCUGAUAUGGAAUUACCGAAAGCUACGAGUACCUCGGCGUUGAGUGGUGCUGGAGUAAUGCGUCUCUUUAACAAAGUAGGCGAGACAAUGAACAAAAUAACUUACAAAAUGGAUGAAAGUGAUGGGUGGUUCGAAGAAAAAACUGCCCAGAUAGACUCGCUGGACACCCAGCUAAGAGCACUACAUUCCGCUGUUGAAACUCUGACCAAUCAGAGACACGAAUUAGCCAACUGUACUGGUGCCAGUGCCAAGUCGAUAGCAGUCCUAGGUCAUGGAGAAGUUGGAGUUUCCUUAGGGAGAGCCUUGGCUCAGUUGGCUGAGACUUUGGAGAAGGUCGAAGUUGUUAGACGCGCUCAGAGUAAUAGUGAUCUUUAUCAGUUUGGAGAAAUGUUGAGAGAUUAUGUUGCUCUUAUUGGUGCUAUUAAGGAUGUUUUCCAUGAACGAGUAAAAGUAUGCCAAAACUGGCAGCACGCUCAAAUGAUGUUAAACAAAAAACGCGAACAAAAAGCGCGACUGGAACAAGCAGGUAGAAGCGAUAAAACAACGCAAGCAGCUACUGAAGUCAUCGACUGGGAAGCGAAAGUAGACCGAGGUCAAGAAGAGUUUGAUAAUAUUUCCAAGAUGAUAAAAAAGGAAGUCGAACGAUUUGAAGUGUUGAAAGUCGACGAUUUUAAAAAACAGCUUACAGAGUAUUUGGAGGCGAUGCUUCAGCAUCAAAACCAAUUAAUCAAACACUGGGAAAGCUUUUUACCCGAAGCCCGGGCUGUUGCAUAA